AUGGGAAAAUGGACACAGGUGGGUGUGGUGGCUGAGGCGAGCGCCGGCGAGAGACCGAGGGCUUCCCGGUGCGCCACACUAGGGGAGCAACAGAAAAGGCACUUACUUGCAACCUUGCCCGCCGAUUAUGCCCGUCCAGCGCAUCCGCACAGUCUGGCCUGCAGCGCCGCGCGCUCUCCACGCCCGGGGCUAGCGUCCUGCGGGAGCCGCUGGGAGCGCCGCGGCGGCCAGGCUGCCGCUUCUCCGAUGUGCGCUGGGAGAAGGCAGGGGAGGGGGGUCUCGACCUCCCAGUCACCUCUACCCCAUCGGGUGGGCGCGCGGGUACGCUCGCGUGUGUGUCCGUUCAGCAGCCUCAAGAGCCCUUCCCUUACCUCACCCCCGCUCCCCUCACCCUUCCUCCCUUCCUGCUCAGCACAAUCUGCUAACGUUUCCGAGAAGUCACUGAGCAUGGUGUGGUGGGAAGCCGGAGGACAGCUCCAGGCCAAGGAGGUGAAAAAACUAACAUGUGAGAGAUUAAACAACUUGCCCAAGGCCACAGAGCUCAUACAUGGCAGAGCAAGGUGUCAGCCUAAGCAGUCAGGCUCUGGAGCCCAUGUGCUUAAGCAACCAGCUAUGUCUCACGAUUUAUGUGUUCAGAAAAUACUGGCCAGGCUACAUUACAAUUAUGCAUUAAAAAUUAAAUUUGGUAAAUGUAGAUGAAUAAUAUGAACAUAAGGUAAGUAAAGCUCUCAGUAGUUCAUUUAUUCACAAUUAAACCUGUUGACUGACAUCAAGCAUGCAGAGGAGUUAAACCACUUCAUAGUAUAGUAGAAAGAGGACAGAAGCCAUUUCCUAAU